AAACUUUUCUCCAUUUACCCAUCUAACCGCCGUUUCGUCGUUCCCUUCUUCAAUCCUCUCACCACCACCACCACCACCACCACCGCCGGCGCCGCCAUGAAAUCGCCACCGCAUAGCUCUUAAAGCGACGAUCACUUCCUCUGAUUAUUCAGCCAUGGCGGUGAUCUCUUCCACCUCCUCAUCGCCGGUAAUCCCAACCCUAAUUCUCCUCCUCUCUCUCCCCGUUCUCUUCUUCUUCCUCGCGCCGCGAAUCCUUCCGCCGCGCCGGAUUCCGAUCUCCCUCCCCGACGAGCUCGACGACCUCUCCCUCUUCCACAAGGCGAUCGCCAUGGACACCGCCAAUUUCACCCGCCGCAGUAGCAGCACCCACACGCACCUCCCGUCGGCCAAAUUCCACACCUCCGUCACUCUCCGCCGCCCCAAAAUCGCCUUCCUAUUCCUCACCAAUUCCCCUCUCCAUUUCGCCCCUCUUUGGAACCGCUUCUUCUCCAACGUAACCCCCAACCACUACAACAUCUACAUCCACGCCGAUCCUUCCGCCAAAAUCGGUCCUCUCACCGGCGUCUUCGCCGGCAGAAUCAUCCCCUCCAAGAGAACUCAACGAUCCUCCCCCACUCUCAUCUCCGCCGCUCGCCGCCUCAUCGCCACCGCCAUGCUCGACGAUCCUUCCAACACAUAUUUUGCCCUAAUUUCCCAAAACUGCAUACCCCUCCACUCCUUCAAUUACUUCUACACUUCCCUCUUCGAUCUCGUCAGACUAUCCAAGGGUUUGGAAUUGCCGAGCUACAUCGAAAUCCUCGACAGUGAACCCACUCUGUGGGAUAGGUACAAUGCCAGGGGGAAGAAUGUGAUGCUCCCCGAGGUUCGAUUCGACGAUUUCCGAGUAGGAUCACAGUUUUUUGUGGUUACACGAAAGCAUGCUUUAAUGGUGAUCAAGGAUAGGAAGCUAUGGAGGAAAUUCAAGCUACCUUGUUUGGAUGUAGACACUUGCUAUCCAGAGGAGCAUUAUUUUCCGACAUUAUUGUCGAUGCAGGAUCCGAAUGGCUGCACUGGAUAUACAUUGACAAGGGUGAAUUGGACGGAUAGUAUGAGCGGCCAUCCCCGCACUUAUCAUCCUGCAGAAGUGUCCCCCGACCUGAUUUACGAGCUUAGGGAAUCGAAUUCUAGUUAUUCUUAUAUGUUUGCGAGGAAAUUCUCGCCGGGAUGCUUGAACCCUUUGAUGGAGAUUGCGGAUACAGUUAUCUUGAAGGACUGAUCUUUGCCCUUG